UUAUAUAGUCAAGACGAUUCGAUAUGACCUGCUAUCGAGAGCUAGAAUUGGUGGGCAGGGUAGCAGCAUUUAUCUCAGAGGAGAGGCGCUACAGAAGACGACGGAGCCAACGAUUAUUGGCAUUUGGUUAUGCUUAUUAGAUUUUCGUGGCUUACGUUUUGGCCCGUUGUUUACCACAUAUAAAAACGGAAAAGACCAGCUGCCCGGAUUGGCAGUACGGUGGCUAACUUUGAACCUCGCAGACGUCGAAAUUCCGCAGCGGAUUACAUCGGAUCGGGAAAUAUUACAAAAUCAAUCAAAGAUUGCCUGUUGUGUUUCAGUGCCUGUGCGAAAUAAGAUAAACGGAGAUAAGACCGAGAAAUAUGCGAUAUUUUCUAAUUGGCCUGGUUUUCCUGGCCCUCGCUUGGAUGGCCCAAGUGGAUGGGCGUCUGGUGAGGGUGCGCCGGAUCCGGAGAUUGGUGGGUGCGACUGGUGAGCAGGAUGCCCAGAUAACCGACUUUCGGGUUUCGCCCUCCGACGACGAGGGUGUCUUCAAGUACGCCUUCAAGACCAGCAAUGGCAUCGAUGUCCAGGCGGCGGGAUCUCCGCUGGAAACCAUUGGAAUAUACAGCUACAUCUCGCCCGAGGGUGUUCCCAUCGAGACGCGCUACAUAGCCGAUGAACUGGGCUUCCAUGUGGUGGGCCGUCAUCUGCCGCAGCCGCCGCCCACACCCGACUACAUCCUACGAUCCCUGGAAUACAUUCGCACACACACCGAGGACGGAAAGCUGAAGAAGCGCGAAUUCUUCUGAGGCGCCCGAAAGGAUCCUAUCCAUCGUCCAUUGUCCACCAUCCACAUCGAUUUGGAUGCAAGUGUCCAAGAAGAAGGCUGAACAUACCAUAUAGCAUGUACUAAUCCCCAACUAACUUUCAUAUCUUAAGACUCAAGACCUAGACUAAGUUGUUGCUAGAUGUUCUAAGCUCUGCCGAAACGCGCAAAUGUUUUCUGACCACUUCUACAAAACCUUGGGGCCGUUCUGCUUGGGUUAUAAAUCAAUCCAUCCAUCGAUUCUUUCACGGCGUUAAUUUAUGGUCUUUGCGCCCAUAAAGAGCAAACAAAGGCACGCCCAAAAAUCGAAAUCUCGGGUGACCCCAACGAAUUCUAGCUUGUUAUCCCAUUAACUGCGAACAGCUUUAUUUGUCUGCGUGUCUGAUUAAUUAAUUUACGUCUAUUCUCAGAUAUGGAAAUUUGAAAACUGGAUGGAAAUGAGUCGCGGUUCUGUUUGGCGACCUUUCGAUGACUUAAUAAUUAACGGAAAUUUUCUUUCCGGGUAAACCCAUCACCAAUCUCCAAAUGAACGCAGGGGAGCAUUUGCCAAGUUUCGAAACAAGUUCGGCUCGCUCGAAUUUAAAUACAAGCUAACAUAUUUUUUAAGCGAAUUAAACAAUGCGAAUUUCAAAAACAUUUGUUAAA